CCCUGCGCGACCAUUCCUCAUCUUCACCCUCCCCAUCCCCAGCUUCGAGAUAAACUGUGCGUAUUGUUCUGAAAAUCCAUCAACGGACAUUUGCCGUACAGAAGAUCAGCCAACACAGCGGACUGCCGUGCGAGAAGGACUACAAUUCUCAAAACUGCUAUCUGAAAUUCUUCGUACCUACUCUCAUACUCAUCCUCGUCGUACAUUCUGAUCGUCUCUUGAAUCAACCCCCGCUCCACGGGUGUCGUGGCUCUUGGCUUUCAUCAAAGUCAAGAUAAGCUGCCAAGAUGUCGGGCCCCAUCGACCCAGAGGCUAUCUACACCAAACAAGGACGCAUUGGUGGUGGAAGCUUUGGUGAGGUCUACAAAGGUGUCGACAAACGGACUGGUGAGUCCGUUGCCAUCAAGAUCAUCGACGUCGAGAACGCCGAAGAUGAGGUGGACGACAUCAUCCAGGAAAUCGCGAUCCUUUCGGAAUUGAAGUCACCAUAUGUGACAAAGUACCAUGGAUCGUAUUUGAAGGGCUCCCAUCUAUGGAUUGUCAUGGAGUACUGCUCCGGUGGCAGUUGCCAGGGCCUACUGCUGCCCGGGUCAAUUCAUGAGGAGUACAUUGCGAUCAUCCUGCGGGAGCUUCUAAAAGGGCUAGAAUACCUUCACAGUGACCAGAAGCUUCACCGAGAUAUCAAAGCUGCAAAUGUUCUACUCAGCGCGAACGGCCAGGUCAAGCUGGCCGACUUUGGUGUCUCAGGGCAACUCUCGGCCACAAUGACCAAGAAGAAUACUUUUGUUGGAACACCUUUCUGGAUGGCUCCAGAAGUCAUCAAGCAAUCAGGCUAUGACUAUAAGGCGGACAUAUGGUCUCUGGGUAUCACAGCCAUCGAAUUGGCCUGUGGAGACCCUCCAUAUGCAGAAAUCCACCCAAUGAAGGUGCUAUUCUUGAUUCCCAAAAACCCCCCUCCCACGCUCGAAGGUGACUUCAGCAAACCAUUCAAGCAAUUUGUGGAGCUCUGCUUGCGCCGGGACCCUAAGGAACGUCCCUCCGCAAAGGAGUUACUGGAGCAUCCAUUUGUUAAGCGUGCUAAGAGAACCACAUACCUGACAGAGCUUAUUGAACGCGCAGAACGCUGGCAAGCCACACGUCGCGAUCAGGAUGAUGGUCAAGACACGCUUGGGAGAUUUGAAGAGCCAGUGCACGAGAAGCCCAUAGAGAAUGAAGAUCUAUGGGACUUUGGCACCGUACGCCCCGCUGGAAGAGCUGCUGCCCCGCCCCUACAACCACUGAAUGAUUCGGGGGCCAACUCGCGCACUCUGGACACAAACGAGUGGGAUUUAGAUGAUGAGUUUAGCAAGCAGCCUCGCGCACCUCACUCCGUACUGCAGCCGGCCAAAUCUACCAAUCCUGCAGCUGAACUUUCUCCGUCCAAAACUCCCCUUCCUCCAUCCGCACCCUCCUCUCCUUUGAAGCCCGCGCCCUCUCCCCAGCCUGACCUACCAGCCUCACCUACACGCAAACCUCGCCCUCUCCCCAAGCUCACUUUAGCCGAGGAGAAGUCCUCCGCCGGAGGCUACAGCGAGCGGUACACACAGGCAAUCAUGGACCAUUCAACCGAUUCAGGGCGACACAAGCCAUCCCCCUUGGUGGCCGGAUCGCGAUCUCCGAGGCCCCUAAAUCCCACCAAAAAUGCGCUCUCAGGGCCACCUCGCUCCCCCACCGGUCAGGUUGCCAGAAAACCCGCACCCCUCCAGCGCCCGCUUCCGGUUGCUCCUCUGAACCCGGGGCUUCACCGGCCAUCGUCUCAUGCGAGCCUGCAGCAGCAGCCUGGGACGCCGGCUUCUCCGAAACCCACCUCUGGGCUCAAGUCCAAGCUUGCACCAGCCAGACAUGAUGAACGACAAGUGAGGAAGCAAACCCCGACCCCAAGCCCUCACAUGAGUGACCGGGCAAAGCAGCCGCCGAAUGCCCCAGAGGCUGUCGCCGAGAACGAGCGUCCAACUGCAUAUGGCUCUGUGAUUGUUCCCGCUCUCCGUGCCGCGAUGAAUCGACGCGGCCGCCAAUUAGCCCGCCACAAUCCCGCACGAAGCCAGAGUGAUCGGGAGCUGACCCCCGAGGAGGAGAGUGACUGGGAGCGCAGUGUCCAUAUUCAUCGCGGUAUGGAGCAGAUGGCGGAUGACAUCGCCCAAUCGUUCGCCUCCCUUCACCGCUGGGAUACAGAGGCUCCUGUUGAGAUGGGUGGCGGCGUUGAUGCCGUGCUGGACGCUUUCCUCGAGGAAAUUCUGGUACGGCUCCAGCCCAACUCGCUCUGAGCAACUCGCUCGAGAUCUCUUGUUAGAUUCUCCUUCUUGUUAGAUUACGACCUGAUGUCUAUGUACGUGUUUGAUGAGCACUGCGAUGGUGUUGCUGGACAUCGCCAUCUAUUCUGUUUUUAUCUCCGGAUUGUAUCAUUAUCUCGCCGGAUCUUUUUUGCCAUCGCAGCUGCGGUGUUUGUGUCUCGAGGCGUCCUUCUGUUUUUGUCAGUGUAGAUCACAAAUCAAUUCAAAUGUGAAAGCCGAGCCCAU